AUGCGCUUUCUGACUAUUUUGAUCAACUUUGUUCCGUUUCUACCAAUAAAAUCGGAAGUGAAAAUGCCGGAAAGAAGUGCCACUUACAUGAUGAAUAACCAGUUUGCAACUAUCAUUGUUUAUGCUAGAGGCCAAGAUUUUGUCUGUAUCAAGUCACUUUUUGUGGAGUAUCCGAAAGAAUUGGACACCAAUUACCUAUGGCUUCCUUCUCUUCCUAUCCUUGUAGAACUGCGAUUCAAAACGCACUUUGCUUAUUAUGAGAAGGACGAAUAUGGACGAGAAAUUGGAAUUAUGGCUUAUGUGACUUAUACACUGAAUAAUCAUACGGUUACAGAGUAUAUUCAUACGAAAAAAGUAUACAUGAGCAGAGAUUGA